AUGCCGGAAGCGCCGAUGGCCGUGCCGGGCACGGCGGCGGGUGCGGGGGGCGGGGUCUGCUGGGAGGAGGCGCACCGCCAGGUGCUCGACCUCAUCGAGCGCGUGACCCGGUGCGCGGGGGAGAUACAGCGGCAGGUGCUGGUGGAGAUCCUGGCGCAGAACGCGCCGGCCGAGUACCUGCGCCGCAUCGGCGUCCCGGGCGCCGCCCCCGGCGCCGACGACGCAUUCCGCCGCCUCGCGCCGCUCACCACCUACGAGGACAUCCUCCCCGACGUCAUCCGCAUCGCCAACGGCGACUCCUCGCCCAUCCUCUCCGGCAAGCCCAUCAGAGAGUUCCUCACUAGCUCCGGCACGUCGGGAGGGGAGCGGAAGCUGAUGCCCACCAUCGAGGAGGAGAUGGACCGCCGGUCCAUGCUGUACAGCCUGCUCAUGCCGGUCAUGAGCCAGGCCAUGCCGGGGCUCGACAAGGGCAAGGCCAUGUACCUCUACUUCGUCAAGGCCGAGUCGCGCACGCCGGGCGGGCUGCCGGCGAGGCCCGUCCUCACCAGCUUCUACCGGAGCCGCCAUUUCCUGGAGCGCCCCCACGACCCCUACACCGUGCACACCAGCCCCGACGAGGCCAUCCUGUGCGUCGACGCGUACCAGAGCAUGUACGCGCAGCUGCUCUGCGGCCUCGUCCACCGCGCGGACGUGCUCCGCGUCGGCGCGGUCUUCGCGUCCGGGUUCCUCCGCGCGAUCCACUUCCUCGAGAAGCACUGGGAACGUCUGUGCCGGGACAUCCGCACCGGCGAGCUGGACGCGGAGAUCACAGACCGUGCCGUGCGCGCCGCCGUCGGCCGGGUGCUCCGCCCAGACCCGGCCCUCGCCGACGCGAUCGAGGACGCGUGCAAGAGGUCUUCGUGGAAGGGCGUGAUCCGGAGGGUGUGGCCCAACACCAAGUACAUAGACGUCAUCGUCACGGGAGCCAUGGCCCAAUACAUCCCUACCCUCGACUACUACGGCGGCGGCCUGCCUCUGGCGUGCACUAUGUACGCCUCCAGUGAGUGCUAUUUCGGUCUAAAUCUGAACCCGAUCUGCAGUCCAGCCGACGUCGCCUACACGCUGAUCCCGACAAUGUGCUACUUCGAGUUCCUCCCCGUCCAGUCCGGCAGCAGCGCCGCCGGCGGCGAGCCGGACCACCGGGACCUCGUCAACCUCGUCGACGUGAAGCUCGGCAAGGAGUACGAGCUCGUCGUCACCACCUACUCCGGCCUGUACCGCUACCGCGUGGGCGACGUGCUCCGGGUGGCGGGGUUCAAGAACGCGGCGCCCAUGUUCAACUUCCUGCGGCGGAAGAACGUGGCGCUGAGCGUCGAUGCGGACAAGACGGACGAGGCGGAGCUCCAUGCCGCCGUGAGCAGCGCCGUGCAGCACCUGGAGCCGUUCGGCGCGUCGCUCGUGGAGUACACGAGCUACGCCGACGCGAGCACCAUCCCGGGCCACUACGUGCUCUUCUGGGAGCUCCGCGCGGGCGGCGGGUCCACGACCCCCGUGCCGGCGUUCGUGUUCGAGGACUGCUGCCUCGCCGUGGAAGAGUCGCUGAACAGCGUGUACCGGCAAUGCCGCGCCGCCGACCGCUCCAUCGGGCCCCUCGAGAUCCGCGUCGUCUCCGAGGGCACGUUCGACAAGCUGAUGGACCUCGCGCUGAGCCGCGGCGCCUCGAUCAACCAGUACAAGGCGCCGCGGUGUGUGCGUCCGGGCCAGGUGGUGGAGCUGCUCGACGGCAGGGUGGAGGGGAGGUACUUCAGCCCCAAGUGCCCCAAGUGGAGCCCCGGGAACGCGCAGUGGACCGGCGGCCAUGGCAAGACGCUGAGCACCAGUUAG